ACUCGUAAAAAUAUUCAAAAAUAUAAAUUUUUUAGUGAAAUAAGUAUGAAAAUAAAUUUAAAGUGUUAAUAAAAUGUCGAGAAAGCCAUGAUACAAAUCUAAUAAAUAGUGAAACAAUUAUGUACAUAUAUAUUAAAGGGAAAAUAAGACCCUGUCAUGUUAUGUAUGUAUAUUUGAUGGUAUUGUGGAGUGAUGUCAUUUAAUGCGUCUUGAAUAGCAUGUCCAUUUUAUGUAUCUAUGCCCAAAUAUUUGCCGACGUUUCAUAUAUUGUUGUACAAUUUAUGCCAUUGUUGAGCUGAUUUUGAAAAUGACACUCUCUAUAUCAUGUUACUUAUGUUUUUCUUCUGGACUUACUUUUAAAUGCUUAUUAGAUGAUAAUGGCAAAUUUAAUAAUAUUUAUGAAAUAGCUGUUAAAUACUUCAAACCAGAGCUAUCAAAAAGCCAAGAAAAGCUGAGCUCAGCAGUUAUAUGCCAAAAAUGUUGGGAUCAUAUUAACGAAUUUUAUAAUUUUCAGCAACUUAUAAGAAGUACUCAAAAUCAAAUAAAAAAAUGUAUUCCCAUAAUACGUAUUUAUCAACGGGAACAUAAACUUAAUUAUGUAUCCUCACCUAUCCAGUCAUUAAAUUUAUUAUCAACAACCCUAGAUCAUGAAAAUUCUGAAAUUAAUACAAAUAAAGUUGUGUCGCCAAUACCAGUUGAAUUUAGACCAACUGAUCUUAAGCAAUCUAACAACGUUCAUAUAAGUAAAAACUCCAAUUUUAGUGAGAAAGAAUCAAAAAAUAUCGCACAUAGAUAUUGGAUUUCAGCUGAAAAAGGAGGAUUCCAAUGUGAUAGUUGUCAUAUCAAAUUUAAUUAUACCACGCAAUUAAAACAUCAUAUGAAAAUAUACCACAACAUUUUCUUACGAAGCUCAAAAGUGUAUUGUAGAUGCGAAAUAUGUAAAAAUUUAACAUUUUCUUGUUUCGACAAUUUAAUAACACAUAUGUUAAGAAGACAUCAUAUAUUUUCCAUUUUAAGGAAAUACGAAUCCUCCAAAUGCAAAAAUUUUAAACAAUCUUACGACGCAGCACGGCCACAAUUAGUUCCAUUGACAACUACCGUUGAUCAAUCAGGUCAUGUCAACCCUAAUGAAGAUCCUAAAUUAGUGUCCGUUAGUAAUAACUCAUUAAUAAAAGGACCCACUGAGAACCACUCCCUUCCAGCCAUCAAUGUUGAUAAAGCCACUUCAGAAUUGAUAAUGGAAGAUACAAAAAUUAAAACAUCCCUAAAACAAUCAGUUCAUCUUAAAAAUACUAUAAUAAAUUCCACUGACAACCAAUCCAAUCUAUCCAAAAAAAGUAAUUUUCAAUUUCAAACAUUAACAACAUCUCCACAGGCAGAUCAUGCUGAACCUAAUGAUGACGAUAAAUUGGAGCCGAUUAGUAAUUGCACUAUAAUAAAGGCCACUCAGAACCAAUCCCUUCCAGCUGUCAAUUCAUAUAUCCAAUCAGAAAAACCUUUCAAAUUUAAAAUAAACAUUGAUGGCAAAUUUAUAUGCGAAAUGUGUAAAAACAUAGGAUUUUCUAAAUUUUCAAGUUUAAAGAGACAUAUGAACGAAAAGCAUGAAAUAAUAAAUCCCAAUGUAAAUCAAUCCAUUAUAACCUUCAAUCCGAUAGCAAAUGUUAAUAAAACCACUUCAGAAUUAAUAUUGGAAGAUAAAAUAAAAGGAAUUCAACAAAUAGAUCCUUCCGAAGUUGACAAAAUACAAAGGAAUAGAAAUAUAAUACUAAGUAAUAACAACGGAACAGGAAAUGGAAAUGAUGGAAUUAUUACUAAAGAUAGUUAUCGUUUAAAGUCACAUAUUCCAGUUACACAAACACAUCGCCUAGAACCUAGUGACGAUGCCGAAGUGGUUGCCAAUGUUGGUGAUAUAAAUAAAAAUUGUGCUAUGAUGAAACCAAAUGAAAACCAAUCACUAGAACCUCACAAAAUUGAAAUAAAAAAUAAUAAAAAACUUUUCAAAUGUGAAAUGAACAUUGAUGGGAAAUUUAAAUGCGAAAUGUGUAAAUAUUUUACAUUUGCUAAUUUUUUUAAUUUUAAGAGACAUAUGGAAAGACAGCAUAAUAUAGGUAAUUUUAUAAAUAAGUUUAAUCAUAUUAAAAAAAUACAAGCUGCUAAAGACUCUGACGCCCCACAUCUACAAUUGGUUACAUUAACAACUUCCCCUGAACAAUCAGGUCAUCUCAAACCUAAUGAUAAUGAGAAAUUCGGGAAUGGUAGUAACAAUACUAUAAUAAAUUCCACUGCAAACCUAUCCAUCAAUUCAAUAGCAAAUGUUGAUACAUCCACUUCAGAAUUGAUAAUGGAAGAAACAAUACUAGAAAUAGAUCCUUCUGAAGAAUAUAAUUCUCCUAUGAAAAAGACAUUUAAAUGCGAAAUGUGUAGUAAAUAUUUAACAUUUUCUAAUUUUUAUAAUUUAAAGAGACAUAUGGAAAAAAAGCAUCAUAUGUUUAACGUUCAGAAUAAGUACAAAAUAAGUAAAAAAAUACAAGCAACUAAAAACUCUGACGCACCACAUCAACAAUUGGUUACAUCAAACACUUCCCCGGAACAAGCAGGUCAUGCCAAAUCCAAUGAAGAUGCCAUAUUAGUGAAUGGUAGUAAUAAUUCUAUAAUAAAUUCCACUGACAACCAAUCCACUCUAUCCAUCAAUUCAAUAGCAAAUAUUGAUCCAUCCACUUCAGAAUUGAUAAUGGAAGAUAAACGAAAAACAAUACAACAAAUACAUCCUUCUGAAGUUGACAAAAUUGACUUUGUAUCACCGAUACGAGAUAAUAAAAAUAUACAACUAAAUAGUAACACCGGACAACUUGAAUCAGUUAAUUCAACAACUUGCUCACAGGAAAAUGAAAAUGCUAGAAUUGUUACUAGAGAUACUGAUCGUUUAAAAUCGCCUAUUUCAGUUAAACAAGCAAAUCUGAUGAAACCAUAUGAAGACCAAUCACUAGAACCUCUCAAAAUUAAUAUAAAAAUUGAUAAAAAUAUUUCAAAACCAUUAACAACAAAGAAAAUUGAAAAUUACAGAUGUAAAAAAUGUAAACAUUUAACAUUUUCUUAUUUUUGGCUUUUAAAAAGGCACAUGAAAAUGAAACAUCAAAUAGUAAACUUUCAAAAUAAGUACAAAAAAAGUAAAAAAACAGCAGAUCGUGGUAAACCUAAUCAAGAUGCUGAAUUAUUGGUCAAUGGAGUGACUAUUAAUAAAAAGUAUAAUUACAAUUUAAGGAAUAAAAAUCAUCAAAUGAAUAAGGUAUACAAAAAAUGUGAAACACAAGCACCAGAUGACGCUGACUUGCCACUUCAACAAUUAAAUGCAUCAACUAAAUCCAUACAACAAUCGGAUAUUUGCAAACUUAGUGGAGAUGCUGAUAUAGUGCAUAAUGUAGUUAAUAUAAAUAAAAAAUGUAAUUCUGCAGUACAGAACCAAAAAAAGUUAGGUAUACAACCAACAAAUUAUUUACAAUAUGAUCAAGUAGAAAACUUAGAAUUAAAUACACUAAAUUCUAAAGACUCUGUCGCACCACAUCUACAAUUGGUUACAUUAACAACUUCCUCAGAACAAUCAGGUCAUGUCAAACCUAAUGAAGAUGACAAAUUAGUGAAUGGUUGUAACAAUACUAUAAUAAAUGCCACUGCAAACCAAUCCAUGCUAUCCAUCAAUUCAAUAGCAAGUGUUGAUACAUCCACUUCAAAAUUGCUAACGGAAGAAACAAUACAAGAAAUAGAUCCUUCUGAAGUUGACAGUUCAACCAAUUCAAAUAUAGAAUAUAGUUCUACUAUGAAAAAGACAUUUAGAUGCGAAACGUGUAAAUAUUUAACAUUUUCUAAUUUUUCUAAUUUAAAGAGACAUAUGGAAAAAAAGCAUCAUAUAUUUAACGUUCGGAAUAAGUACAAAAUAAUAAAAAAAAUACAAGCAACUAAGGACUCUGACGCACCACAUCAACAAAUGGUUACAUCAAACACUUCCCCGGAACAAGCAGGUCAUGCCAAAUCCAUUGAAGAUGCCAAAUUAGUGAAUGGUAGUAAUAAUUCUAUAAUAAAUUCCACUGAAAACCAAUCCAUUCUGCCCAUCAAUCCAAUAGCAAAUGUUGAUACAUCGGAAUUGAUAAUGGAAGAUAAACGAAAAACAAUACAACAUAAACAUCCUUCUGAAGUUGACAAAAUUGACUUUGUAUCCCCAAUAAGAGAUAAUAAAAAUAUACAACUAAAUAGUAACACCGGCCCACUUGAAUCAGUUAAUUCAACAACUUCCUCACUGGAAAAUGAAAAUGCUAGAAUUAUUACUAGAGAUACUGAUCGUUUAAAGUCGCCUAUUUCAGUUAAACAAGCAAAUCUGAUGAAACCAUAUGAAGACCAAUCACUAGAACCUCUCAAAAUUAUUAUAAAAAUUGAUAAAAAUAUUUCAAAACCAUUAACAACAAAGAAAAUUGAAAAUUACAGAUGUAAAAAAUGUAAACAUUUGACAUUUUCUUAUUUUUGGGUUUUAAAAAGGCACAUGAAAAUGAAACAUCAAAUAGUAAACUUUAAAAAUAAAUACAAAAAAAGUAAAAAAACAGCAGCAAGUAAAAACUACAAUGAUCAAGAGACUAAAUUUUUGGCCAAUGGAGUGACUAUUAAUAAAAAUUGUAAUUACAAUUUAAGGAAUAAAAAGCAUCAAAUGGAUAAUUGUGUUAAGGUGUACAAAAAAUGUGAAACACAGGCAACAGAUGACGCUGACUUGCCACUUCAACAAUUAAAUGCAUCAACUAAAUCCCUACAACAAUCGGAUAUUUGCAAACUUAAUGGCGAUGCUGAUGUAGUGCAUAAUGUUGUUAAUAUAAAUAAAAAAUGUAAUUCUGCAGUACAGAAUCAAAAAAAGUUAGGCAUAGAAAACUUAGAAUGUAAUACACUAAAAAAGAAAAACGCAAAACCAAAGAAGACAUUUUUACCCGAUGGAAUAGACAAUUUCAUUAAAAUGAGUUUAGGAGAUUUGAAAUGUACAAUAUGCGAAAGGACAUUUGGUUAUUACAGUUUGCUGAGCGAACAUUUUAAAUUGAAACAUCCCAAUAAAAAAUGUUUUGUAAAUUGUUGUGGAAAUGAAGUAAUAAAUCGCCGGAAUCUAGUUCAACAUCUGAAAAGACAUCGAGUUGCAGCAAGAAUGUCUAAUGGCGAAGAAUCAAAAAUGGGCAAUAACAAAUAUUCUACCACCAGUCGAUCAUACAUGACUAACAAACCAAGCUAUAUAAUACAGGCAGAUCCUGUACUUGCAAUCACUUCAGUUAUAUCAGCAAAUCCAAUAGAAUCAAUUAAUGUUACAAGUACAGACCAAUCUAUUCCUUCCACAUCCGUAUCAAGCCGGGCCACAACAUUGAGUAAAUCACAAUUUAAACAGUGCAAUUAUUGCAGUAGAACAUUUAAAUAUGUUACCUCUUUAAUGAAACAUAUAAACAAAUGUCAGUUUUACAUGAGAAAUUAUUGUAAUCUCAAUCAGAAUACUGACAAUAGAAAUUUGUGCAUUAAAACCGAAAAUGAUUUUUUGAACACAAAUUUGAAUGCAGAAGACUCGGAGUUAAAUCAAUUUCCAGAAAUAAAAACUGAAAUUCCAUAUGAUAUUGUCGUCAAUCCAAAUAUUUCUGUGCCACCUUUGGAUAUUGUUGAUAUCAAAGAAGAUAUUAAUUUUGAAUAAUUUAUUUUUUUUAUUUGCCUGUAACGCUGUUCUAUAAAGAAAACAUAUUUUUAUCUUAUAAAACCUUAAAAAUAAAAUGUAACCUUUUUAUGAACAUUAAAA